AUGACAAGAAACCCAUUCAUGGUUGAUCCAAACAAUGGUUCUCCUAUUCGAUCUCCUAAUAAACCAAAUUUAACUAGAUUCUCUACUCAUUCAAGCGAAGAGACGAGUAAUUGGCAGGCUAACAGCGGCGAAGACCCUUUUGCCGAUGGAUCUGAGUACAACCAAACUAACCAAUUCCAAGGGCUUCCACCUUCUCCAUCCAGAGCUGCUAUGAGAUACUCCCCAGACAGACGUCAUAGAACUCAAUUCUAUAGGGAUAGUGCAAAUAAUACCCCAGUAGCCAGUAGGUUCCAAGCCAAUAUGCAACAGUCUCCAUCUAGACCAGGCGACACUAUAAUUCAAUUCAAUGAACCAGCACAUCACAGUUAUGAUAUUGCUGAUAUGACUUCUAGUUACUAUCCAGACAGCACCAAUCCAAGGGAACAGAAUAAUAACUUGUUUGGAAACAGCAAUAGAAAUUACUCACAAUAUUCUGGUUCAAUGGCCUCUACAGCAGCUAGUUCGUUUGAGACUGAUGAGAAAUUUAGGAAAUCCUUUGAAAGUGAAUCUUAUACAGUUUAUUCAGGUGAUACUUUUGAGGAAACGAGAUAUGAAGUUAACCAUCCUAUCCGUAAAGACUACGUCAGACGUGCUAAUUCGGAAAGUAGGAGUAGACCUGUGAUCGCUGCUCCCUCGAGUAAAGCAAUCUUGAGAUUGGAUAACCCAAUUCCAAGAGGUCUACUGGAUACCCUUCCCAAAAGAAACUCUCCAGAGUAUACUGAAAUGAGGUAUACAGCAUGUACCGUUGAGGCCGAUGAUUUCGUUAAUGAGGGAUACUCUUUACGAUCCAGCGAAAUGAAUAGAGAAUGUCAAGUUGCAAUUUGUAUUACAAUGUACAAUGAAGAUAAAUAUGCAUUGGCAAGAACUCUCCAUUCUGUUAUGAGAAAUAUUGCUCAUUUAUGUAAACGUGAAAAAUCAACAGUUUGGGGUCCAAAUGGUUGGAAAAAAGUUACUGUUAUCUUGGUCACUGAUGGUAGAUCGAAGGUUAAUGCAGGUUCGCUUGAUUAUUUAGCAGCUAUAGGUGUCUACCAAGAAGAUAUGGCCAAGGCAUCUGUUAAUGGUGACCCAGUGAAGGCACAUAUUUUUGAAUUAACAACCCAAGUGUCCUUAAAUGAAGAUUUGGAUUACGUUUCUGAAGAUAUAGUUCCUGUUCAAUUUGUAUUCUGUUUGAAAGAAGAAAAUAAGAAAAAGAUUAACUCACAUCGUUGGUUAUUCAAUGCUUUCUCGCCUGUGUUACAGCCAAAUGUUGUAAUGUUGGUAGAUGUUGGCACUAAGUUGAAUGAUACCGCAGUAUAUCAUUUAUGGAAAGCUUUCGAUAUGGAUUCAAAUGUGGCAGGUGCAGCUGGUCAAAUCACAACUAUGAAAGGCAAAUAUGGUAAAAAAUUAUUAAAUCCAUUAGUUGCAUCACAAAAUUUUGAAUAUAAAAUUUCUAAUAUUUUAGAUAAACCAUUAGAAAGUAUGUUUGGUUAUAUUUCUGUCUUGCCAGGUGCUUUAUCCGCAUACAGAUAUCGUGCUCUGCAAAAUCAUGAAGAUGGUACCGGUCCAUUACGUUCAUAUUUCUUAGGUGAGACACAGGAAGGUAGAGACCAUGAUGUCUUCACAGCUAACAUGUACCUGGCAGAAGAUAGAAUUCUAUGUUGGGAAUUGGUUGCCAAAAGAAAUGCUAGUUGGGUUUUGAAGUAUGUUAAAGAAGCCGAAGGUGAGACAGAUGUUCCAGAAGAAAUACCCGAAUUUAUUUCUCAAAGAAGACGUUGGUUAAAUGGUGCUACCUUUGCAGCUAUGUAUGCGCAAUUACAUUUCUACCAAAUUUGGAAGACUAAUCAUUCCUUCACUCGUAAGGUAAUGCUUCACAUUGAAUUUUUUUAUCAAUUUGUUCAAAUGUUAUUUUCCUGGUUUUCUAUUAGUAAUUUUGUUUUAACCUUCUAUUAUUUAGCAGGUUCAUUAAACGAUGUUAUUAAACAUGGUGAUGUUUUAUUUAUUUUUUUCAAAUAUUUAAUAUUCUGUGAUUUAGCAAGUUUGUUUAUCAUUUCAAUGGGUAAUAGACCACAAGGUGGUAAGUGGUUGUUUAUGACAUCUUUAAUUAUAUUAACUAUUUGUGCAAUCUACUCUUUAAUUUGUGGUUUUACAUUUGCUUUUAUGACGUUGAAUGAGAAUACGGAAACUUAUGGAACUUUCUUAAGUAUAGUGGUUUCAUUGCUCUCAACGUAUGGUUUAUACACAUUUGCAUCAAUUAUGUAUCUAGACCCAUGGCACAUGAUUACUUCCUCCAUUCAGUAUUUUUUUACACUACCUGCAUUUACUUGUACUUUACAAAUUUUUGCAUUUUGUAAUACACAUGAUGUCUCUUGGGGUACAAAGGGAUCUGGUGUUGAAUCGAAACCUCUGUCGAAAGCUAUUGUUGUCAAAGGUCCAGAUGGUAAACAAAUUGUUGAAACAGACUGGCCACAAGAAGUUGACAAAAAAUUCCUUGAAAUUAAGAGUCGUUUGAAAGAAAUUGAGGUCGAAGAAACCACAGUUGAUGAGUCGCUACAACGUAACGAUUAUUACAGAGAUAUUAGAACAAGAAUUGUGAUGGUAUGGAUGUUAAGUAACUUAAUACUGAUCAUGGCUAUCAUCGAAGUCUAUUCUCCAACUGAAACUAAUAAUAAAUACUUGAAAUUUAUCCUAUGGUCAGUCGCUGCAUUAGCCUUAUUUAGAGUAACUGGUUCUAUGGCUUUCUUAUUCAUGAAAUAUUUACGUGCUAUUGUUAGUUUUGCAAAUAAAAGAGAAAGCAUUGGAGGUUCUAUUAAUAUGAAAAUGCCAUCGAUUAAAGUAUUCAACACAUCCAAUUAA